CUGAGCUGGGGCCGGAAGCGGGUGUUAUCUUUGCGUCCCUUUCUGUUGGAUUGGCUGGAGGUGGUUAGUGCCUUCUGUUAGCGCCUCCGCUAGCAGGCGAGAUAGCUGCGAGACAUGGCGAUGUUGGCUUUUCGGGGGUCUCUCUCGGCUGGUGGUCCGCUCCCCAAGCUGCUGCGGGAACUGAAUUUUGUGCACCGGAGCUAUGCACUGAACACCAGUUUGAAUGAAGUAGUCAUAGUCAGUGCCAAAAGGACGCCUAUUGGAUCUUUUCUAGGAUCUCUUUCCUCACUUGCAGCUACUAAACUUGGUUCCAUAGCAAUUCAAGGAGCCAUUGAAGCAGCAGGAAUACCCAAGGAAGAAAUCAAAGAAGCAUAUAUGGGCAAUGUUCUGCAGGGGGGUGAAGGACAAGCACCAGCCAGGCAGGCUGUGCUUGGAGCAGGUUUACCUAUCUCCGUUCCAUGCACCACUGUCAAUAAAGUUUGUGCAUCAGGAAUGAAAUCUAUUAUGAUGGCAGCUCAGAACCUAAUGUGUGGCCAUCAGGAUGUGAUGGUUGCUGGUGGAAUGGAAAGCAUGUCAAAUGUUCCAUAUGUAAUGAGCAGAGGAACAACUCCUUAUGGAGGGUUAAGACUUGAAGAUUUAAUUGUGAAAGAUGGACUAACUGAUGUCUACAAUAAAAUUCAUAUGGGUAACUGUGCUGAGAAUACAGCCAAGAAACUUAACAUUUCACGAGAAGAACAAGAUGCUUAUGCCAUAAAUUCUUACACCAAAAGUAAAGCAUCUUGGGAAGCUGGAGUAUUUACAAAUGAAAUUAUUCCUGUUACAGUUUCACAAAAAGGUAAAUCAGACAUAGUGAUAAAAGAAGAUGAAGAAUACAAACGUGUUGAUUUCAGCAGAGUCCCACAGCUGAAGACAGUUUUCCAAAAAGAAAAUGGUACAGUGACAGCUGCCAAUGCCAGCACACUGAAUGAUGGAGCAGCUGCUGUGGUUCUGAUGACGGCAGAUGCAGCCAAGAGGCUCAAUGUCAAGCCACUGGCAAGAAUAGAAGCAUUUGCAGAUGCUGCUGUAGCACCUAUUGAUUUUCCAGUUGCACCUGCUUAUGCUGUACCAAAGCUUCUCAAAAAUUCAGGAUUGAAAAAAGACGAUAUUGCAAUGUGGGAAGUAAAUGAAGCUUUUAGUUUAGUUGUAUUAGCAAAUAUGAAGAUGUUGGAUAUUGAUCCCAAAAAAGUGAACAUCGAUGGAGGUGCUGUUUCUUUGGGACACCCAAUUGGGAUGUCUGGAGCAAGAAUUGUUGUUCACAUGGUCCACGCCUUGAAACAAGGAGAGUAUGGUAUUGCAGGAAUUUGCAAUGGAGGAGGUGGUGCUUCUGCAAUACUAAUCCAGAAGUUAUAGAAUGAUGGAGCAAGUACCCUCACCUGUAUUUGUGAUCAGAAGAGAUCAACCAGUUAGUUAAUAGUUUAAGGGUUUGAAAAGGGACUUUUCUGGAUGCUGAACAUAUGUGUAUGUGUAUAUAUGUAUAGCAUAAAUAAACAGUUUUCUUGUCAUCAGA